AUGGCAGACACGACUCUCCAGUCGUGGGAAUACCUCGAAACCCUCCCAGGCACCCAGUUCUACCGGCUGUACAGGUCGCCAUCGUCCGCUCUUGCAAUAUUCAGAAAGCGGUUGUCGGCACUAGCAAAGUCGUUUGUCAUGAUGCUGCUGUACAUGCCUCGACCUAUGUCGGUGAAGCAGCUCGAACUUUUCGUCAAGGAAGGCAGCCGUGGUGAACGUGAAUAUGCCUUGGAUUUAUUGCACCGGUACCACAUUUUUCGAGACGUCACGUUUGACUCGACGAAGGCAUAUGCUCUGACUCCAGACUUUGCAAAGUCACUGCGACGGGCUCUGACUGGCGCCGGGGAUAACCGGUCGUUUGGACAGCUGGCGAAGGUGCCUGAGCGAGACAGAGUCAGCAUUUCAGAGCUAGACGAAUACUCGCGCCAAAGAUGGGAAGGCAUAUUGGGCUACAUGGUCGGUUCAUCGGCGAUUCCGCUUCUGGAGAACGAACAGUCGGCAGCCAUCGAUCCGGCUCCCGGCGUCAUUGAACUUCUGAAGGCAGGGCACCUAAUCGAGGUGUCCGGUACCUACAGUCGAGGCGGCACCGCCAAGAUCACCAAGGAAGGAUUUGCAUUUGUGCUGCAAGAUAUCAACACGCAGGUGUGGGCACUGCUGUUCCUCUACGUUGACAACGCAGAGCUGCUGGAGAUGGACAAAGUCGACGUUCUGUCAUUCCUGUUCCUCGUCUCUUCCCUCGAGCUGGGCGUCACGUAUUCUACCUCCACGCUCGACGACACCCAGCAUCGAAUUCUGUCUGACCUGGUCUCUCUGGGUCUCGUCUACCAACCGGCCAUCGACGACGAAGGCACACCGGCGAACUACUUCUACCCGACUCGCCUAGCCACCACCCUGACCUCCGACUCGGCAACAACCCUCUCUGCCACCAACACCCAGGUCGGCACGUCGCUCUCUCAGCCCAGUACAAAUACCUCUACGGCCAACUCCACAGGAACCCAAAAGGGGUUUAUUAUUGUGGAAACAAACUACCGCGUCUACGCGUAUACGUCAUCGCCGCUCCAAAUCGCACUGCUCAGCCUAUUCAUCAACCUUCGCUCCCGGCACCCCAACCUUGUCACGGGCAAAAUGUCCAAAUCCAGCGUUCAGCGCGCCGUCCAAGCCGGCAUCACCGCCGAGCAGAUCAUCUCCUACCUGACUUCGCACGCCCAUCCCCAGAUGCGUCGCCACGCCGCCGCGGAACAAGCCGCCCUCCAGGCCAGGGGGAUCCAGACAUCGGAACAAAUCGCGCGAGCCGUGCCGAUCUUGCCGGCCACCAUCCUCGACCAGAUCCACCUUUGGCAGCUUGAGCGCGACCGAAUGACGACCACGCCGGGCUUCUUGUUCCGCGACUUUAGCACGCACGCCGAGUAUGAAGGGGUGGUGAGGUACGCGGACGAGACGGGCGUGUUGGUGUGGAAGGACGACGGGAAGAGGUUGUUCUUCGUCACGAGAUUGGAGGGUGUAAGGGGUUAUCUUGCGGAACGGAGGAACGCCGCAAAUGGAUAG